AGGCACGGCACGCCCCGCCCCCUGGCUGCAGCGUGGGCAGGAGGGGAGGAGCCAGCGGGGAGUUAGCCCGAGCCGGUGUCGGCGGCAGUGGCAGCCGCCACCACGGCGGCGCUCAAGCGGCGGCUGGCUGGGCCGAGACCCGACGGAGCGGCCGCCACUGCUUGCAUCCCUGCCGCGCCUGCUCUUCGAAGGCGCCGCCAUGCAGGGGGUGCUGCUGCCGCUUCUCUGCCGGUCCCUCCAAAGAGCUGUGGCCACGGGCCUGAGUGGGCUCUGCAGCAGCGCCGACCCGUCUGCCGCCGCCGCCGCUGCCGCUGCUUCCGGAGAGAGUGGCCCGGGUGCGAAGCUCAAUGUACAACCUACUUUUGGCUUUCUGUUUGACAUUGAUGGAGUCUUGGUAAGAGGAAAGACACCCAUUCCUGCUGCAAGAAAAGCCUUUCAAAAACUACUUAAUUCUCAGGGACAGUUUUUGGUGCCUGUAGUAUUUGUUACUAAUGCAGGAAAUUGCCUUCGUCAGAAGAAAGCAGACCAGCUAUCUCAUGUUCUUGGAGUUCCAAUUUCCCAAGACCAAGUCAUGAUGUCCCACAGUCCUUUGCGAAUGUUCAAACGUUUCCAUGAUAAAUGUGUGCUUGUGUCUGGACAAGGGCCACUUCUUGAAAUUGCUGAGCAACUUGGGUUUUGUCAGCCUAUUACAAUUGACAAGCUGCGAGAAACCUAUCCCUUAUUGGACAUGGUUGACCAUGACAGAAGGCCCAAAGUUUUGCAUCCACCUGCAGUGCAGCUUCCCAAGAUCGAGGCUGUUGUUUUGUUUGGUGAGCCAGUCAGAUGGGAAACCAACCUGCAGUUGAUAAUAGAUGUCCUUCUGACAAGUGGCUAUCCUGGGAAUCCGUAUCCUCAGGCAACUCACCCGCAUAUACCUGUGCUGGCUUGUAAUAUGGAUCUGAUGUGGGUGGCUGAAGCCCAGUCUCCAAGGUUUGGGCAUGGAACAUUCAUGGUUUGUUUGGAAAACAUUUACAAGAAAAUCACUGGUAAAGACCUGAAAUAUGAGGCUUUGAUGGGAAAGCCUAGUGAAUUGACCUAUCACUAUGCAGAGUACUUGAUCCGCGUGCAAGCUGCUGCAAAGCAAUGGAGCAAGCCUAUUCAGACUCUAUAUGCCAUUGGGGAUAACCUAAUGACUGAUAUCUAUGGUGCUAAUCUUUACAACCGCUACCUUGAAGAGAAGAACCCCAGAAGAGGGUCCAAGGCACGUAUCCAGGCCAAAGCUGCUGGUGGCACGAGGUCUGCCACCAUCUCUCAGGAAGAGGAACUGGACAAUACUUGGGAAAGUGAAUUGGCAUCUGCUACUGCUACAAGCUGUAGGUCUGUCCUUGUUUGCACUGGGGUUUAUAAUCCUCACACAGAGGUGCCCUUUGAUACAAGGGAGAGCAUCACUGAGACUGUGUUCCAUGGGCACAGAGAUUUCAGGUUUGAUCCUGCUUUAGUAGAACCAGACCACAUUGUGCCAGAUGUUGAUGCUGCUGUUGACCUAAUCUUCCAGCUGGAGAACUUUGCAUCAAAUGAAAAUCACUGGACUUCCUAACAACUUCCUAAAUACUGUGCUCUUUAGGGGGGGGGAAACACACACACACACAAAAGAGAGAGAGAGAGAGGUGCGUAAAGCUGCAUGUUUCUAACACAAGUUUAUAUUUUUAUGUGUAACCUUUUUAAUACACUCCUAUUUGUUCUAACAGCACUUCCCUCAAUACCUAGUUUAGUGUGGUCUGACUUCCCUUAAUGGCUAUUACUCUGUUAUAGGUUGUGCUUUUUGUAUGGAUUAUUUUCUGCAUGCUGACUUCACUGCCUAGCUCAAGGGUCAAAUUCAGUGCUCUGCACAGAGUGAGGAGAAUGUCAGAAGAGUUUUCCACUGCUCAAAGCAGGCCUGCUUCAGACCAUGUGUAAUGUGUUUGUGUUUAAAUUAAAGGUUUAUUACUAUAGUGUAUUCCUCCCCUUGGCAGCCUCUAGCUUUCUCUUGCUGCUCUUUCCAGCCAUAAUCCCCUAAUCUUGGUUCUUUGCCCUCUGUUUCCUUUAUGGAAGAAAGAGAUGGAGCUUGGGGAUGUGCACUCCAGGUGUGCCAUGAAAGUUAUGUCAAUGCUGUUCUUAAAUUUCAAUUCAAGCUCAGCUGACUGAAGUGGUAAUGGAAGUUAGCAGUGUUGCAAAGCCUCAAAAAGUGGCUUCUGAGUUCAAUCCAGCAGGCACAAGUUUGUGCAAAUUCCACUGAAGUGCAUGAGCUUUGAGUUGGAACUGAUGAGCUUUCUCUGGGUUUUUGUGUUUGAAUCCUUUGAGCUUCCUAGACUAGUUUCUGGUAGACUUUGCCCCUUGUCUGUGUGCUAAGUCUAAAAUACGCUGUAACUUUAUUAGUUAUUCUGGUGUUUCUCCUACACUUAAUUGCAAAAUGCACAGCAGCUGUCUGAGCAGCUUUAAAACCUGAGCAGGUUUUGGCCUGAAACUCCAAGCCACAAUGGCAAUAAUGCACAUUUGCUUAAGUAUGUUAAUGCUGUUUUUCCUUCCUGUGCCAUGUCUUUGGGUUUUUUUUUAUGGUUGUGUCUCAUACAUGUAAAGUUUUAAACAGUGACUUAACUUAUUUGGUGUGUGAUCCGUUCUGUAAAACACCCUGAUUAUCUCAAGGAGCCUGUUCAGUAAAAUUUUGUCUAUUUUUAAAAAGCCACACACACACACUUAUUUGUCCUGUGUGCUUUUUAUAUAUGAUGUCGUAAUAAAAGCCAAACUUGCAAAUAUGA